GCCUUUGAACUGGAUUCUUUCCAGUGUAACUUCCACCGACUCAAUCCGGGCGAGCGGUGCUGUAUAUAGGGCGCUCUCUUUAUCUCACUAUUGGCUUUUUUGGGGGGCUGCCUUUGGCUUUUUUUUGGGGGGGGCCGCUCCUUCUAUUGGACUUUGCCACGUUGAUUUUUUUUGUAUUAUUAUUGUAUUUUUUUCUUCUUCUUCUGGAUCUUCUCAACCGGAGCCCCCUGGUUUCUGCAAUUGUUUGAAUUUUUUCUUCUUCUCAAUAUUUCUUUUUGGAAAAUUAAAAAGAGAAGGGGGGGGGGGGAGGGAGGGGGGCAACUGUGUGUGCAACGACCGGACUCCAGGAACAGAACUACCCACACACCGCCGCCCGCCCCCCCCCCACCCACCGGAGCUGCAAAGAGGGGGCACCACUUACCUCCCCCCCCCCCUACCCCCCUCCCUUACCCCCAAAUCUGCAAAGUUCACCUUGCUUGCCCCCCCCCCUCUCCCCCCCACUGGAGUGCACAGGGGCAGCGGCUGGAACACGCCGAGCAGCAGGAGAGUGGGGAGAAAAGUUUUUGCGGUUUGGGGGGGGUGGGGGGGGGGAUCAGAUCCGCUGCGAUUCUUCCUCUUUUCCAUCUUUUUCUUUCUUUUUUUUUUUUUUUGUUGCUUCUUUUCUUCCAUUGCAAAACUGUUGCUUGGCCUGGAGCGGAGAUGCCGCAGCUGAACGGGGGCGGUGGGGACGAUUUGGGGGCGAACGAUGAGAUGAUCUCCUUCAAAGACGAAGGGGAGCAGGAGGACAAGAUCGCCGACCACGCGUCGGCCGAGAGGGAUCUGGCGGAUGUCAAAUCGUCGCUGGUCAACGAGUCGGAGACUCAUCAGAACAGCUCGUCCGACUCGGAGGCGGAGCGGAGGCCUGCACCCAGAGCGGACACCUUCCGGGAGAAGAGCCGGGACAGCCUGGAGGAAGCUGCCAAGCGGCAAGAUGGAGGCGGCCUGUUCAAGAGCCCGGCGUACCCCGGGUACCCCUUCAUCAUGAUCCCGGACCUCAGCAGCCCGUACCUGCCCAACGGCUCCCUCUCCCCGACCGCCCGCACAUGCGUGAAUGUACCUCUAGACCUGCAUUUAGCUUCUUGUUGCAGUCCUUUGAUGCAGGGCUUCUCUGAGAAACCCUGGGAGGGGAGUGUACCCUUCUUCUUUCAGAAGAGCCUUCCGCAGUUAUAUCACUACAGGACUCCAUCAGAGUACCUGCAGAUGAAAUGGCCGCUCUUGGACGUGCAGGGCGGCGGGCUGCAGAGCAGACAGGCAAUGAAGGAUGCCAGGUCUCCCUCUCCGGGUCACAUUGUUUCUAAUAAAGUGCCAGUUGUGCAGCACCCACACCAUGUCCACCCACUCACGCCGCUUAUCACCUACAGCAACGACCACUUUACACCAGGGAACCCCCCUCCGCACUUACAGGGAGAUGUGGACCCCAAAACAGGAAUCCCGCGGCCUCCGCACCCUCCGGAUAUUUCUCCCUAUUACCCGCUAUCGCCAGGCACCGUUGGACAGAUCCCCCAUCCGCUAGGAUGGUUAGUACCACAUUUUCCAAGGCAAGGUCAGCCAGUUUACCCAAUCACGACAGGGGGCUUCCGACACCCUUACCCCACAGCUCUUACAGUCAAUGCUUCCAUGUCAAGCUUUCUCUCCUCCAGAUUCCCUCCACACAUGGUGCCGCCACAUCACGGUUUACACACAACUGGAAUCCCCCAUCCCGCCAUCGUGAACCCAACCGUCAAACAGGAGUCUUCCCAGAGUGACGUGGGAUCCCUGCACAGCUCAAAACAUCAGGAUUCUAAAAAGGAGGAAGAAAAGAAGAAACCUCACAUAAAGAAGCCUCUUAAUGCAUUUAUGUUGUAUAUGAAGGAAAUGCGAGCAAAAGUUGUAGCAGAAUGCACGUUAAAAGAGAGUGCAGCCAUUAACCAGAUCCUUGGCCGAAGGUGGCACGCGCUUUCAAGGGAGGAGCAAGCAAAAUACUACGAGCUGGCACGAAAGGAAAGACAGCUGCAUAUGCAGCUCUACCCAGGCUGGUCGGCACGGGAUAACUAUGUAGGUGGCUAUGGCAAAAAGAAAAAGAGGAAAAGAGAUAAACAGCCAGGAGAGAGUAAUGAACACAACGAAUGUUACCUAAAUCCUUGCCUUUCACUUCCUCCGAUCACAGACCUCAGCGCUCCUAAGAAAUGCAGAGCGCGCUUUGGCCUUGAUCAGCAGAGUAACUGGUGCGGUCCCUGCAGGAGAAAAAAAAAGUGCAUUCGCUACAUACAAGGUGAAGGCAGCUGCGUCAGCCCGCCCUCUUCAGACGGAAGCUUACUAGACUCUCCUCCUUCUUCUCCCACAAUGCUCGACUCCCCCACAAGAGACUCCACUCCACAAACUGAACAAACGCAACCUCUAUCUCUGACAUUGAAGCGUGACCCUCUAGCGCGGCUGUGCAUUCCACAGUCCCCUCCAACAGAAAGUCCGGCCCGAAAGUCCAGCAACCUGCCAACUACCAUUUGUCAGAAUGGAAGAGAUCACAGUCACCAACCCAGCUCCUUACAGUCUUCAGCACCCUACUCCUUGUCACUAGCACAGCCGUCGACAUCCUUCCUACCUUCUCAUCGGUCUUUGGCUGGAACACAACUUCAGCCCCUCUCACUUGUAACCAAGCCAUUAGAGUAGUGAAGCCCAACACCGACGCCUCCUCAUUUUUAAAGAAAUAGUAUGUCUCGUUUUCCAUGGUUUUUUGUAUUUUUAAUUUGUGCCAAGUGGCUACUUUAGUAGAUGUUUAUGAAGUUCAUUGGUCAAUAUUUGACCUCUCUUUUAUCUCUGCCUUUCCGAUUUGACUGUGCAGACCUCUACGAGCAUCAAGGUCCUGCCAAAAUUUGUAUCAUCAGCGUUAAAAAAAACAAAACAAAAACAAAAAACAACAACAUCUUUUUAGCAUCGGAAGAAGGGGGAAAUUAUAUAUAUAUAUAAAUAUAUGAAAAUAAAAAAAUACAUAACUUAUGUAGUUCUGAUAGGUUACUUUGAAAAGACUGAUUUAAAGAAGAAUAAUAAGAAAAUAGCAACAAGCAAUUUUGAAGCAGCCCUCACAAGAGUUGGUUCUUGAUUAUUUGUAUUAAAUACGAGCUUGCGAACCAAUCAUUUUACAUCCACUUUAUACCCUCCUGGGCACAAUGAAUGCAGUGCUCUCUUGUGAAACAACUUUUAUUGUGAUGUUAUUGUUAUUGUUUAAAUGUACAGAACACAAGGGUUAAACUGAACAAAUGUAUUAAUAUGCCUUGUUCCAUGGUGGCAGUCUUCAUUAUUAUUAUUUUAUUGUUUUUCAUUUUUUUUUGCCUGUUUAUUUUUAUUUUUUUGCCAUUUUAUUUUUUUUGCCAUUUUUUUUUUUAUGGGGUAAUGGGAUGCUACAUGGAAUAUGUGGGUGGGUGCGUUAAAUAUUUUGGAGCCAUUGGACCAGUAAGUAGUAUUUAUUGCCUAGAAAUUGCUUGUGUCCUACUUGUAUGUUGUCUAUUUUCAAUCCAAUGUCUGUUUGCCAUUUCUCAACAUUGUAUAAAGUUUUCUUUUCUCAGUGUAAGCAUCUUAUAUAUAUAUAUAUAUAUAUAUAAUUUGUACAAGGUUUUUAAGUUUAUAUAUAAAUUUAUAUAUAUAUAUAUAUAUAAUUUUUUUUAUUUUAUGUGCUGUAUGAAACUCAGUUGCCACCAAAUGGACAUUUCGUAGCUGCAUUUAAAGGAUCAAUAUUGUACAAAAAUAACAAUUGCUUUAAAAGCCAUCAAAAGAAGACUUGAAAUUAACAAGGGAAAGCGAACUGCGUUGUUUCACCAACGUCACCUUGUAAAUGACUUAAGAAAACAGGAGACCAGCCUGUCUGUAGACUGUGUACAAAUUGAUGUGCCAAAAUUCCCGGUGAAUAACCUACCCUCCCCAUCCCCUCGUUUUUGAUGCCGUAUUUCCGUUCCUCAUGUUUUGUUGUGAUGUUACAUAGCUUGGUAGGUAUGUAUGUAGUUUAUAUCAUCUUUAACAGAAGUAUUUUAUAGAAGGGUGACUGGGCAGCAUUUAAAAACAAUGAGGUACAAAAAAUAAUUACCCCCCUUCCCCUCACCCCUUCCAACCCCUGAUGGGCCAAAAUCCUGUACAUUAGGUUACUUAUAAAGGAAAAGACUGCCACUUUUUAUGCUUGCUAUGUGUAAGUAGGUAGCAGGCAACCAAGAAAAAAAAAAAUCACAAAUAGGCAUGUUGGUGUUGCAAAAAAAAAUUAAAAAAGAGAAAAAUGAAAAAAAAAAAAAGAGAAAAACUGAGAAACUCUUCAUCCGUUCAUUGAGUGCCAUUGUAUUUGACAUGACGCAAUUGUAAAUCUGUCUCUGGUUUCCUCUGGUUUAUUAAGAUGCUGAUUAAUAACUAUACCAUUUUUUGUGAAUACUUUGAAUGUUUCCUAACAGCUGUGAUGUUACUGUUCAGUUCUCUGCUUUUAUUCCAAUUUAAUUUCAAGGUGGUUUUCAAAACCAUGCAAAUUUUUUUGUAAUGAAUUCAUGUUCAUGCUGUACAGUAUCUGUAGCAUGCAGUUCUGGAUUAAUAAAAGCAACUUAGUAUGUG